CACCGUUCCCAAUGGGUAGCUAGCUGGAGAGAAAGACUGCCAUGCAACUGAAGCCGUGAAUGCCUUGCCUGUUAGUUUAUUUUGGAGAAUUUCACACAUAGUCUAUUGUCAAAGAUUUACAUGUGUAUCACAAGACCUGGCGAUAACGUAGAAGAGGAUAACUGUUGCACUUUAAACACAGACAUGAACCACGGAAACUGAGACUGAAACAGGACUGCAAUAAGCUCUCGUGACGAGCUCUGACCCCUCCCCCUCCACCCCCCCACACCAAACACUCUCCACCAUGACCCCCACAUGGCUCCUGUUGACGUCUUUCCUGUUCCUCUCCUCCUCAACCAAUCACGCCUUCCCCACCGUCCCGGCGCCGGCCCCGCCCCCGCCCGAGAUGAACACCUAUCGGGUGUCGGACACCAGCCUGACCCACCUGACCGUGCACCGGAGGACCGGCGAGGUGUUCUUGGGCGCGGUCAACCACGUUUUCAAGCUUUCGGCCAAUCUGACGGAGCUGCGCUCCCACACAACCGGACCGGUGGAAGACAACGCCCACUGCUACCCCCCGCCCAGCGUCCGCGCCUGCACCCACCGCCUGGAGCCCUCCGACAACGUCAACAAGCUGCUGCUGGUGGACUACGCAGGGAACCGGCUGGUGGCGUGCGGCUCCAUCUGGCAGGGCGUGUGCCAGUUCCUGCGUCUGGAGGACCUGUUCAAGCUGGGCGAGCCCCACCACCGCAAGGAGCACUACCUGUCAGGGGCGCGCGAGGCCGACGGCAUGGCCGGCGUGGUGGUGGGGGAAGAGGACGAGCGCGGCGGGGGAGACAAGAAGAAGAAGAAGAAGGAAGGGAGCCGCCUCUUCAUCGGGGCGGCCAUCGACGGCAAGUCCGAGUACUUCCCCACGCUGUCGAGCCGCAAGCUGGUCCUGGACGAGGAGAGCGUGUCCAUGUUCAGCCUGGUCUACCAGGACGAGUUUGUCUCCUCGCAGAUCAAGAUCCCGUCGGACACGCUGUCCCUCUACCCGGCCUUCGACAUCUACUACGUGUACGGCUUCUCCAGCAGGACCUACGUGUACUUCCUCACCCUGCAGCUGGACACCCAGCUCACCCAGACCGACACCAGCGGCGAGAAGUUCUUCACCUCCAAGAUCGUCCGCAUGUGCUCCAACGACACCGAGUUCUACUCCUACGUGGAGUUCCCUCUGGGCUGCACCAAGGACGGGGUGGAGUACCGGCUGGUCCAGUCGGCCUACAAGCAGAAACCGGGCCGGCGCCUGGCCCAAGCCCUGGGCCUGUCGGAGGAAGAGGACAUCCUGUUCGUGGUGUUCUCCCAGGGUCAGAAGAACCGGGCCAACCCUCCCAGGGAGACGGUUCUCUGCCUGUUCACGCUGCACCAGAUCAACCUGGCCAUGAGGGAGAGGAUCAAGUCCUGCUACAAAGGAGACGGAAAACUGUCCCUGCCCUGGCUGCUCAACAAGGAGCUGCCCUGCAUCCACACGCCCAAGCAGAUUGGAGACGACUUCUGUGGCCUGGUGUUGAACCAGCCCCUGGGGGGCCUGCGGGUCAUCGAGGGGACCCCCCUGUACGACGACCGCAUCGACGGCAUGGGGGCCGUGGCCGCCUACACAUACGGAGACCACACGGUGGUGUUUGUGGGGACCAGGAGCGGACAUCUGAAGAAGGUAAGAGAAAGAUUUGACCUCCCAUUAAACUGGGACUGUGCUGGGCUGUGCUGGUCUGGGUGGGUCCACAUUGGUUCCCAUCUCCUUUCCCGAGACGGUUUGAACCGGACUUGACGUCGAUGACUCCACACAAACUGUUGGUUUUUCACCUGACCUCAUGAAACCACAGUACAAUACAGACUAAGGUACUAGCCUGUCUGUGUAAAUGGAGCAGCAGUCUAUUCCAGUCCAACACUGCUCUGUUUAACUGGUCCCCCUGAUGACUGCUAAAUGUUGUUAUCUAGUCAGAAGACGUGUAGAGGAUGGAGGCUGACAGGGUGAGAUUCACAGAGACUCUGUGAUCAUACUUCAAAAAGGCUCCCUCUCACCCAGCCAUUUACAUGGCCUUUAUAAUUCACCGUGAUUGAACAUUUAUUUUCCCGGUGUUGCUUGGCAAUAAGGGAUCGGAGAGCUGUGUUUCUGUUCUGCCUGAGUUUGCUAGCAUUGUGAUGGAACGCCAUAGGGUUCCUCUAUUAGGAACGCUACUGAAAAAUCGACAACGAUUAUUUGUUUGGUUUAGGAUCUGUUGUUUUUUGUACCUUGUUGUUUAGGCCAUGACCCGGGUCGGCGGUAGAGGCCAGAGGCUCUAUGUUUAGCUGAGCUCCUCCUGGGUGGUUCUCCUGGGGUUUUUAUGGGUUCCUCCCAGGUUCCUCUUAUCUGGGUUCAGCCCAGCUGGGUUUCUCCCCAGGCUGUGACCCAGUCAUGUAGAACCGCGGAGAAGCAGUGAUGAGUCACACAGAGCUGGUGCAGUGGGAGGGCUGGCUGAUCAGCACUCACUGGCUCUCUGGAAACAUGGUUCCAACUCCACGUCAAUGAGGAGGUGUGUAAAGGCUGUGUCAGCACGCCAUCAUUAAACUGCAGAAGGCAUUUAUGGUUAUUUUAGGACUUUUCUCCUCUAGUUCUCAUAUUCUCAAAGAAAAGAAUAUGGCAUGUGUUGUUUUCUCAGGAAGGCCUGGCGGCUAUUUCCAGACGGUUCUGCUCGCGAGAUUAAUGGAGAGUUCUAAAGCAAAGGUUAAAGACAUUCUGAUAAAUAAAUAGCCAUAUGAAUCUCUGGCCCAGGCCCCUAUCUGGCAGAGAAACAGCCCUUUGAAAAAACACAGAAACAGCAACUCACUGCCCUCCUCAGUAACGCAUUUAAAGCUGAUAAUGAAUUGAAUUUUGUGCUUUCGUAACUAACAGGCAACAUUGAGCCGUACAAAGCUAUGUAGCGCAGGGAACAUCAGACCAGAACCUAGACAUCUUCAAAAAUAGUGCAGGGUUUCCCGCAGAAAAUGUGUUUGUUAAGGUGGUAGGGGUGGGGUUUGCCGUCA